GUUCAGGCGGCCGGCAGCACUAGCAGCUAUCUGCGGCAGUGAAAUAUUCCCUCCGCUGCGCUCAUUGUGCUCUGGAGAGCCGGACGUCAUCGGCUGGCCAAUCAGUGGCUCCCGCUAGGCAGCCUCGGGUCUUGGUGGGGGGAGAAGAGACUCGCUAGAAGUCUUCCCUCUAAUAUCUAGCUCUCCUGGUUACUUGGUCUGGUCCCUCUUUUAGAAGAAGAAAGAUGUUGUGAAAGAGAAACAAGGACGGAAAUCAUUCAGCAAAGCCUUACUUAAAUUGAAACUUAGGGAACUUAUUGCUUUUGCAGAUGGAAAUCAGGAAAGUCAGCAACUUAGACUCAAAGUUUGGGACCCACUGAGCAGACCCUUUAAAGAGGCUUUGAAUAAACAAAAAAGGAGGCCUGAAAAUGACCUAAAUAGCGACAAGUGUGACCGACAACCUGGUGCAAAUGUGUUGGUGGUAAUUUCCCCAGUUUCACCCACAAGGAAGACACAUGCAUCAGCGCACAUACACGUACGGCACAUUAACAAACCCUGCCCUUCCCUUCCUGCCAUCCGCCCCAGUCCUCCAUGGAUUCCUACAGCUUCCACUUUGAGAGAAUGAGCAACGUGGACCUGCAUCCUCUGAGCCUCCCUGUCAGCCGGCUCUCCCCAGCCAAGUCCAACAGCAGCAUCGCCGACCAACUCGCCCACCAUCAACACGGCAAAGGAGACUCUGCCUACAGCUCCUUCUCUGGUGGGUCCACUGCCCCAGAUUACCCCUCUCCCUUUCUCCCAGACGACCUGCAGUCCAGCUCCUUCAGCCACUAUGCUGAUCUUCAGUAUGUAAAGUCCAUUUACCAUCCAACACAGGUUCUGCAGUCUGACUCAAAGACCAUGGACCAGCUCUAUCGCUCUGUGGAAGCUAUCUCAAAGCAGUAUCGCAACAAUACCAGCACCAAUGGCAACCACCACAACCACAAUGGAAACAACAGUUUUCAUACCAACAACAACAAAGCACUCUCUAAACAAGAGGUGCCUUUAGGGGCACCAUCCCAAGGUGCUUACCCUCCUGCCCGUCCUCCUCCAGUCCCAGCACGCCUGGAUAGUUUCAUAGCCACAAAAAACUUGGAAAACAGUAGGGUGCACCAUCAAGGCACUGAGUUUAAACCUCAGCAGCCACAACCUCAGCAACAGCCCAGACCCAACAAUCGACUCCAUCCACAGCUCCAAAGUUCGAAUGCCCCAAAAUCUGAGACGGCUAAACCAGAGACAGGAAAAUUGAACCUCAAUUCUGACCUAGUGUACUCAGUUUGGAGAGGCUCUCAACAGCAACAGCCACAGGCCCAGCAGCCACCAAGCUACCGCCCCCACCUCCAGAACCAUGAUCAGACCAGGGUGCUGCUGAACCCAGAAUACCUUUUCAUCACAGAUAACAAAGCUGUCUCUGAACAGCAGAAGUCAACAAACAUCCUAAGCCGAUCACCUCCCCGAGGCACAAACCAGCCUGAGCACCUGAAACCCAGACAGCUCUCCAGCAGUGGUGGGUGUAAUGGAGACCAUCACAACAAGCCCAGUGGUAGCAGUGGCCAUUUUGAGGGUCAGCGCAAAAGGGCUCACUCAGCUAAUGAUUGGCUUGGUCCAGAGCCAGCCCGAGCUGCCAGUCCCUGGAACGCUGGUCAGAGUUUUAUCAACAGCAGCAUCCAGCAUAAGGGUCAGUUCUACUUUGUCACAGGAGUGUGUAAGUCGUCUGAAUCUGGUAUGCGGACACACUCUGCAUCUGUGUGUGGGUCUGAGGCAGGAAGUGAGAGCUCCACUGUGUUGGAGACACAUCGGCUAAGAGAAAAAGAAAGAUGCCACAGCACAAUGGAUAAUUUGUUCAAACCCAGUGCUGUGACUCCAGAUGAGAGCGAGGCUUUCACUUCCCAGAGCAAGGACUUGUCCCCCAGAAUCCAGGAUCAGGAGAAUCACAGACUAUCCUUCAUCUCAACGCUGUCCUCUCGAAGCUUUGAUGCUUUGGAGGAAAUUGACAUGCUGCAGAGUCGAGAUAUUGGCCGCCACACUGCCAACAACCCUAUAUUCUACUGUGGACCUGAUAGAAACUGCCCACCACAUUCAAUCAAACAAACAAAGGAGGUCACCUCUCUGAUAAACGAUGACCAGCCCAACCACCACAAGAGAGAGGAGCAGGUGAAGAGAGGGAAACGGCAGCCCUUGGGGGAUGUAGCCAGCGAGAGGAUAAACAAAGAAACAACCCCACUUCUGUACCAUCUCACCGGAGCCAGCAGGACAGUUUUGCAGCCUAAAAAAGAUGCUGAUUUCAGUAUAAAAGGCAAGGAAACAAUCCUAAACAAAGCAGGUCAUGGAGACGUGGCUGUUAACGAUAAGGAAAGACCUCCAAAAAGUGACACAGGCAAGAACGAUAGAGGUGAAGUUAUCUCUGUUGCCUGUAACACCCUGGAUGACUCAUUUAAAAAGUACUACAAAGAGAAGCUGAAGGACGCCCAGUCGAAAGUCCUAAGGGAGACGUCAUUUAAAAGGAGAGACCUGCAGCUGUCAUUGCCGCACCGUAUCAGACCAAAACCUGAGCUGAGACCUGCAGUGUUUCACACUUUCACCCCAUCACAGGACUCUGAGACUUCCACAGAUACACUCACUCCCUCUGUGGCCUCUGAGGAGACAGAGAGGGGGAGCAUCAAAGACGAAGUCAGGGAGAGUCAGGAGGAGAUGGACAAAGAGACUGAGAAGGAAAACGGGAAACCCGCGAAUGUGGCCCAGCCCCAGGUAGCACGCAUCGGAGGCAGGAAGCGAUUGACUCAAGAGCAGAAGAAGAUGUGUUACUCUGAACCAGAGAAGCUUAACCAGAUCGGCAAUGCCCCCAUCCACUCUUCAUGCCGCUCCUUUGGCAACGAAAGUGACUGCCUGUUUGCAGCUGAAUGCGAAGGAGAGGAACGCAUGCAGCAAGGAGAACAAGGACUGGUUGCAUCACGGAGGAAGAUGUUUGAGACAAGAGGUAGAGCCCUUUCAGCUCCGAGCACCUCAAAGACGAACCUAAAACAUCUGCAACACAAGGCCCUGAUGGAGUACAUGGAGCGUAAGACAGGACAGAAAGUGGCUGAGCCUCAGCAGCCGGCACCACAGUUACCAGCUCCAUCCAGACAGAGGCAUUCUCUGGGGGAGAAACCCUUCGACUGGGGUCCAAGGCCUCUAUCAGGAAACAAUGAAGGCAAAAACACCAGGAAGAAACUUCACAGACCCCACUCUGCAGGCCGCAUCCUCGAUUCCUCCUCCAGCUCCAUCAGGUAUGCCCAGUUCUUCUCAGCUCAGUCUUGUUCAGGCCAAUAUGCUGGCCAGUCGAAUCAACCCAGAUGGAGGGAGAGCCAGGGUCCAUCUCAGGUGAAAUCUGCAUCAGUGGAGAGCCUGUUGGACCAACCAGAACCACCUAAUUUCUUCAGGAGCAGAUCCACAUCCACACCACAUGCGUUUCAGGCACUCGACUACGAGGAGGAUCCAUUACCAGUUAAUACUAUAGAAACCCAGAGUCCCCAGAUGAAUGCCACUGAGGAGUCCUCAAUAAAGCCGGCUCCUGAGGGCCAGCAGCGGGUCCGUGUGGUCGCACAGAGGGGAAAGUCCAUGGAAGAGCUUGGGUCAUCAAAGUUAACAAGACCAUCGGCCCUGAGUAAAAGUUCUGAGCAGCUGGAUCAACUGUGGAGGGAUUCUCCUGGACCAGGAGGGCCAGACAGAGACAAGAGGAGUGUUUCAUUUUUGGCCGAAGUCAGGGGAUCCCAGGGGCAGGACCGAGGGAGGAAGAAACAAAAUGUAACUGAGCAAGCAGGAAAAGAACCAGAGAUUGUUGGUCAGAGGAACACUCAGGGACAGACGCAAAACCAAACCCAGAAAACACCUUUGAGGCAGAACUCAGAACCAGGAGAGGAUGCAACAUUAGGAACAAGGAGCUCAAGUAGAUCCACUUCCCCGGCCUCCUGCUCCUCUUCGCGGGCCAGGGUUCACUCUGGAUCUCACGGCCCAGUCGCAGAUGAGUCCAGGUCCAGUAGACCACCCAGUGAGACUUCAUCUGACCCAUCUUCCCCCACAUGUGUUGAGACCAGUGAGAGGGAGAUCAAAUCCACCUCAUCCACCCCCACACAAACAAAGCUGUCUUGUGAAAACAGGCCUAGCUCCAGCAGAAUCAGGACUUCUCCGUCCACGACUGGAUCAGAGAGAGAGCAGUCGGUGGAUGAACCAAGCAAUGACGCCCCACAGCCUGAUUCAAACCAUGAAGUGUCUCUGAGCUGCGGCGUCACCACAGAUCCAUCACUGUGGAUUCUCCCUCCAGAGGAAGAGAUCAAAGAGGAAGUCCAGACUCUGCCUCUGACAGACAGCGUUUUUGACGACGAGUCCACCAGCCCGGCCCCUCCAGUGCAGACAAGUGAAGCCUCUGUGUCUCCCUGCACCUCCGUCUCUGACGCAGACAUCAGUCAGCAGGUGGAGGAGCAGGAAAAGCCUAAAACGGAAGAUGAGAAGUUGGGAGAAAACCAGGAGAUGGAGGAGAGGGGAACACCAGAGGGAGAGACGGAGAGCCUGGAGAGGCCCGCUGAGAGACCUCAGUGGGAGGAGCUGGUAGAGGCGGUGGUCAAGACUGACCAGUCACUGGCCAGAGUGCUGUACCCGCUGGCCAAUCGUAAGACGGCGCUGAUGCUGAUGGAGCAGCUGCUGUCUGAGGACACGCUGCUGAUGGAGGAGCACUACAAGAAGAAACAGGAGCAGAAAGGAGCUACAGAAAGCGCUGAAACGGGGGAAAAGGCUGAAUCAUCUCCUCGUCCUCCUGCUCCUGACAGCCUUAAACCUCAGUGUGCAGACUCCCAGAGCAAAGCUGACAUCACCGAGAAGAAGCGCCUAUUGGUGACUUACAUCGAGGAGCGUCUGCACUCGCUGGAAGAGAUGCGUGGUGCCCUCCAGACGGAGAUUCAGGACAAUGUGGCCCACGGAGAGGCCCUGGAGGCACUGGUCUGUGAGCGUUGUCUGCCCGUGGAGCUGGAGAGGUACAACCUGUUCAUAGGAGACUUGGAGAGGGUGGUCAACCUGCUGCUGUGCCUCUCUGCCCGGCUGGCCAGGGUGCAGAACGCCCUGAGCACCGUGGACCAACACACAGAUGCUGAGGAGAAGCAAUCUCUGGACAGUCGCCACCGUCUGCUGUGCAAACAGAGGGAAGACGCCAAAGAUCUGAAGGAUAACCUGGACCGGAGAGAGAACCUAGUCUCCACCUUCCUGUCGCGUCAGCUGUCCGCCGAGCAGCUGCAGGACUACCGACGCUUCGUCCAGACCAAGGCCUCGCUGCUAAUCAGGCAGAAGGACCUGGAGGAGAAGCAGAGGCUGGGAGAGGAGCAGCUGGAGGUUCUUUCCAAUAGCUUGAAUCUGUGAAGGGAGGAGCGACAAAAGCACAGAUUCCACUUGCAUAGGAGGAGGAUGACUUCCUCAAAGAGACAAGUAGCGAGUUUUGGCCGUAGUGGACACACAAGGCAUGGAUAUCUCCGACACUUUGCACCCUGUUAUGACUUUCUUUACUAGAGGGCUCUCCUCAUGUGAGAUGAGCAAUAAAGACUGUUGAAACUGAAGCUCUUUGCCUUUCUGCCCAGAAAGCUCACCCAGUCUCCGCCCAUUAUCAGUCUGCACAAUCUGCAAAGUGCACCUAAAGACUUCCCCCCACGUAUCGCACAUUUCCGUUGACUUUGAACAGAGGACUGAGCAGUUUGUCCGUGUGCCUUGACGUCGGUGUUGCUGUGGAACAUUCUCCAUUAGAGCUGCUGCGUGGAAACUUAGCAUCCCCUGUUAGCAAUUCAGCAACUGUCCUUCACUUUUUCAAUACGACGGUAGCGCUACAGCCCUGUAUCUGCACCUGUGGAAACCUAUUAUAAGCUUUAAGAUUGUAUUUCAGCCUGCGAGAAGGCUUCAGUAAAAAGAGCGUAGCCUGAGAGGGGGCGAUGUACUGUAUCAUGUCAGUAAAAUGUACAAUAGAUUUAGUAGAUUUAAUCUUUUUGUUUUUUUUUGUAAAUGUUCUUGUUUUUAAACAUGUUUCAAAUUAAGGCACUAAAAACCAAAAAGGGUGAAUGAAAAAAGCACUUUGUAAUGAUACAUAAAUGCACAUUUCUUCAAAUCUGAUUCAAGCAAUUUCAAGCGAAAGCCUUACUCCCUCCGUUUAAACAAUGUCUCUCUUGUUUGUGUUUUCGUUAAUUUUAAAUAGGAAUGUCGAAAUAAUCUUUUUAAAAAGGUACACGAGCACACCCAGCAACAAUAAGGAUUGUGUACCUUUCCAGCUAAUUUCAUACUUAAUGUCAUUAAGUCUUGAUGAUUUCAUGCUGGAACGGUUUCUCAUAAGGAGGUGCUAAACUUUAAAGCAGAUUAUAAGUAAGCAACAAUUAUAUCACUGAGUAUUUUCUCCCAAUGUCCCUUUGUUGCAGAAGUGACACGUGAUACUUGAAAUACUUUUUUUUUUGUAAGAGGAAGGUCCACAAUCUUCACUUCAGGUGUCUUAAACUAAUUUUCUAUUCUCUACCUCCGCAGCGUAGCCCCUUGUAGACAUAUGUAACCUUUAUUUAAACUUACUCAGUAGUCUUAAGUUAAAUUGCUGGUCUUUUUAGCCCUGAAUGAAAACACACUCUUGAAUCAAAUGUCCUUCCCUUUAAUUUUUAAAAUGCAUCUGUGUUCCUACAUUAAUAUGUCAUUAGUUUUAUAGUAAUAUUAAUUUCUUUUUACUGAAUCUUCAACCAGAUACAUUGGAGAGUCGUUUAAGAGUGACGUGAGCUGUUGCUCUGCGUCAGAGUAUAUGUGUGUGUGUGUGUGUGUGUGUGUGCUUGAAAUCAUGAAUUUCUUAAUUUCAUGUGCGUAGAGAUUAGUUGUCGAUCAGAAUGACAGAACUCCUCUCAGUGUUUGCCGUUUAAGUUUUCAGCGAAUCUCAUAUGAAGUCAUGAAGUGAUCAAAAUGUUAUCGUCCUUCAGGAUAUUAAACCUGUCGGCUGUACUGAAAAACAGUGAUCCAGUGUAUGGGUUGAAUGUUGUGUGUAUGAUAUUUGUGUAAUAAUAACCACAAUGAGGAAGAGCAUCAUUAGCAGCUGUUACCCUUUAAAGAAAACAUUUACAAACCAACUCAAAUUGUCAAAAAAUCAAGUGGAAACUCUUUUACGUUGAAAGAUAUUUCAGGUUUUCUUUGCUAAAUAGUUGGUCCACCCCUGCCACCACCCCUAAAACAUUUCUCUGGAGAUUUACAACCCCGUCCGCUUCAGUUUGCUAAACAAAUGUGUGUUUGUUUUGGCCUUUGUGCUGACGCAGGGCUGAAGGGUUAGAAAUACUCUCAUGUUGUUCCCCGCAGCCUGCUGGAAUUCCUGAAGUAUGCAACAUUUUGAAGAAAGAAAAGACUUUGGGGGGAGAAAGUGAGGAAAACUACUCCCACAGAGGAGGAGCAGCAGCACAUGGACUCAUUUUUAGCUCCUGCUAUGUGUGCGCACUAACAAACAUUUGUCAGCUUCCUGAGUCAUUUCUUGUUUCUGUCAAAGCAGUGUUUUGUCAAGGUCGCAAGAAAAACGGGCCUGUGUUUGAAGUAGGAUUAUAUUUGUUUAGUUUGUUUCAAAUGCGUGUGACAUUGAUACGAAGAGAAUCUGUUAUAACGCUGAGAAGGAAAGACAUAUUUCAGUGAGUCCCAGCUGGUGGGAUGACAGCAGACAUUUCUAAAUCCACAUCUUCUGCUCUUUUUCACACCUGUUUCCUGUUGAGAGUUUGAGUUGUUUUUUGUGCCUGUUUGGAGUUGUAAAUUCCACAAUGUUUGUAAUAUUGUGAAUAAAUUAAGCUCUCCCUCUCC